AUGGCUGUGGUCCAGUGCUCCCUCUGCCUGCGCCAGAAUGCUGAAAAGCUGGCCUCACUGCUACUGCUGGCACUGCCAAGUCAGGGUGGCAGCGUGCAAGCGUUGCACUUCAAAAUGCUGAAGGGAGCUCAGCAGUUCGUUGGCAAAUCCCUCCAGCCAGCACUACCUGCGUCCCAUUUGCCUUCUAAACAAGCAUCAGAAGUUGCUUUCAACUUUCAGACUGAAUUACCUAGCAAUGCUCAAGUAUGUUUGCAGAGUAAGGUUGACUGGUUAUCUGAAGUGACCGAAAUGAAGAUCUUAACUCAAAACACAGUGCCUCUUCAACCCAAACAGGAAUUGGAUGCAAAAAAAGAAAGGAUCAAAUACAGCAGAGAUUUCCUCUUGGAGCUUUCAAGCGUUUCGCUCUCUCAAAAGAAGCCAGAGUUUCUGCCUGAUCAUCCAAUUGUACUUGAAAAACCAGAAAACAGCAACCCUUUUGUUGACAUAUACAAGAAGUGACAGGUAGCUUGGAAGAUGAGAAAUCCAUCAGUGAAGGAGCUACAUGUAAUGUAGACCUUCAAGAUUUUUAAAGGUACUUGGGUGCCUACACGUGAACA